AUGGAGAAGCAAAGAAGAAUACCCGUGGUAAUUGGCGUCGGUGAUAUAAAAAAUGCCUCCAAAAAGACCGAGGAUGCUGCCGAGCCGCUGCAGCUUAUCCUGCAAGCAGUUGAAAUGGCAAUAAAGGACUCUGAGGUUUCAAGCCAGGCAGUCAAUCAACUCAGGUCGAGCAUUGACAGUGUGGAUGUUGUCAGGACAUGGACUUGGCCAUAUCCAGAUCUACCAGGUUCAAUUGCUGAGAGGUUAGGGGUUCAACCAAAACACAAAUUUUAUAGCGACAAUGGUGGCAACUCUCCCUGCAAGCUCUUCGAUGAAGCUGCCCGUCGUGUUGCCCUGGGACAAAGCAACGUUGCGUUGGUUACAGGAGGCGAAGCGCUGGCCUCACUCGAAGCUUUCGCGCGGGAGAAGAAAAUGCCUCCACCCGGUUGGACACAGCCGGAUGAAGCUGUCACUGGCGUGUUUUCCGUGAAGAAUAUGAAAUUGAAGGAAAACCUGGGCUCUAUCCAUUCUAUCGGGCUCCCAGUCCAGAUAUACCCACUUUACGAGAACGGAUUUAGGGCUCGUCGCUCCCAGUCACUACAGGACAACCACCGGGAAUCAGCUGAAUUAUAUGGCGACUUUGCCAGAGUGGCAGAGAAAAAUCCUCUGGCUUGGAGUUAUGGCAAGCCGGCCGAGACGCCUCAAUCUAUUGGAACUGUGACCAAACGCAACUGUCUUAUCUGUUCUCCAUAUCCCCUUCUCAUGAACGCGUUUAAUACGGUCAAUCUUGCCGCGGCCUGCCUUAUAACGAGCACUGAAUUUGCACGAAAGCUCGGCGUCCCUGAAAGUCGGUGGAUAUAUCCUUUGGCUGGUGCAGGAACGGCCGACAGUAGCAACUUUUGGGAACGCCCGAAUUUCUAUUCAAGCCCGUCGAUUUCUAGGUCGCUAGACACGGCUCUGGAUCUCUCAGGUUUGCAAAAGGAGGAUAUUGAUAUUUUUGAUUUUUACUCCUGUUUUCCUAUCGUUCCCAAACUCGCCUGUGAGCAUUUGGGGUUGCCGAUUGUUAACUCACCAAAACCUAUUACACUCCUUGGAGGGUUAACAUCCUUUGGAGGUGCUGGGAACAAUUACUCUAUGCAUGCUAUCACGGCUAUGGUUCACCAACUCAGACAAGCCUCUGGACGCCCUCGUCAUGGAUUGGUCCUAGCUAAUGGCGGAGUGCUAAGCUACCAACAUGUCGUUGUUCUUUCUUCUCAGCCCCGAAAACAUGGAUCGCCUUACCCGAGCGAGAAGGCCCUUCCAGAUGUUUUGACUGACGUGGACGUCCCAGUCGUUGACAGCCAGGCCGAGGGAGAGGCGGUCGUAGAAACCUACACUGUUGAAUACAGCAGGGACGGCACUCCAUUGCGGGCGUAUGUGGUGGGACUUUUGAAGAGUAACAACCACCGGUUUAUUGCCAAUCACGGAGACGAAAAUACAUUGACGCAGCUUUGCAAUAUAUCAGAAGAACCGAUUGGAAGAACUGGCUAUGUUAGAAGCGACUCGGACAAAAAAGAGAGGAACUUGUUCAGCUUUGAAAGAGUCAGGAAACUGUGA